UGCUACCCGACUUUGUUGCUGUUGGGGUUAGGCAGCACGAGUUAUGUUGUGUUAAUCUACGACGUCGUAGGAGCUGUUGCAGCAAGAUACCAAACAACGUCGACGUGAUUAACACACUCGCUCUCUUAUUUUCGAAAUAAAACAAAGUGUAAAUUUCACGAUGGUGAAGGUAUCCUUUAAUUCGGCCCUCGGGCAGAAGGAUGUGAAAAAGGACAGCGAAACCCUCAUUCCCGAUGACAAGGAUCCGGAGGUGGCUCUGCCGGUGCGUCAGCAGUCCAAGGCCUUGUGCUGGUGUGUGUGCCUGGGCUUGGCCCUCAUCCUGUCUAGCGUGGUGGUGGGAGGGGCCUCCUACUACAUGAAGGAGGGCGGGGUGUUUGAGUGUGGGGUGAUGUACCGUGAGGAGGACAUGGAGAAGUACCGUGAGAAGACGACGAUCCAGGAGGAGGAGGAUGUGGAGCUGGACCUGCGCUCCAGCUUCAAGAGGAUCCAGGAGAACAUCCGCGUACUGGAGGACCAGGAGGUGGCUCUAAUCAACGUACCCCUGCCCGAGUUCGAAGACGGCAACCCUGCUGACAUCGUUCACGACUUCCAAAGGAACCUGACUGCCUACCUGGACCUGUUCCUGAACAAGUGUUAUGUCAUCCCCCUCAACACCUCCAUUGUCAUGCCUCCCAAGAACUUGCUGGAGCUGUUGAUCAACAUCAAGGCUGGUACCUACAUGCCCAAGAACUACAUGGUCCAUGAGGAGAUGGUGGUGACUGAGCGCCUGGACAACGUGGAACAACUGGGAUACCAUAUCAACAACCUCUGCCAGGGCAAGGACACCUAUAAGCUUGAGCGCAGAGACAGGAUCCUGGGUAUGCAGAAGCGUGAAGCUCUCAACUGCCACAAGAUCCGUCACUUUGAGAGCAAAUUUGUGGUGGAGACCUUGAUCUGUGAGCCCUAGUGACGUCGCCGUGGGCAAAGUGGCACAUCGUCUCCAUACAACCUCUUCAUUUCUCUAGGAGCGCAGUUAGAGAUUUGCAAUCCUAGUUUUCUGUUUUUAAUUUUACCAUUUGUUAUUCUACAUCAGGUAGUUUUGUGUGCGUGAUAAUUUUUAUGUGAAAUGGGGCAAUUUGUCUCUGCUUAAAACAUGUAAAAAUCAGUUCCGUGUUUUUUUCAUUAUACAGGGAUGCAAUUAUACGAUAGAGGGUUUCUAUUUUUUGGAGGAUAUAUUCAACGGCAGGACUGCUAGUUUGUCAAAAAUGUAAACUUCACUGAUUUGAGAUCUAUGUUAAGAUUACUUAAAUAAUACAACUGCGAUUUAAGGGGUGACUUGAAGCAGAUCAUGUAUGGUAUAGUCAGACUUACUGAAACGGAGUCUAAAUGUAUUUUUGAAUACAGGAAGGAAAAUGUGUAAAGGAAUAGAAAAUGUAUAAUUUUGUACCACUGAACCUGGUUUUAGAAGGGACUAGACCAGGGUGUUUUAUAGGUUUUACAUUUUGUCUGUUGAAACUAUUAAUUUCUUAACUGGAAAACAUCUUAAGAUAAGUGUGGAUAUAUGUUUUUCUUUCAUCUAGCUUUAAGAAUAAAUCAAAACCAAGACCGUUGUCUAUAGAAUUCAAAUCAGUUAUUUUUUCUUAUACAACAAAGGAAAACAUUCACACUUUUUUUUAAAUAUUGGGAUCAAAAUAUUGUUUUCGCACAUUUUCUUUGAAUGUAGACAUUUUUCAGAAUAUACCAUUUUUGGGGAUAACUCAAUCUAUAUUACUAAUUUGUAUAAAACCUCUGUAAAGAUAUGACCAACACCACAAUAAAUCUUAAACCAGUG